AUGAAACUGAGACUCCUUCCUUCCUUUGCCAGCCUCCUCCUUGUGGCUCUGCUAUUUCCAGGGUUGUCCAGUGCCUCAUCCAUCAACCACCUAGUCACUGAACACCCCAGUUUUCCUGAGGACGAGUUUCCUGCCAGAGGAGUAAAUGGGUCUCAGUCGCUGCAUCACAGAGUGAAACGCUUACCCCCAUACACUCCCCCAUACCGUGGUAAGUCAAGCACCCAAGAACAAGGCAAGGGCAUCCUCUGGGGAAAUGCAGAACGCAUGUGA